CCAUUACGUUACAUCGAAGCUAACCUAGACCCCGAACCCCGAAAAAAUAAGAGCAGAUUAAACGGAUUAUACGGAUUUGUGUGUGUUUCUAUAGCAUAAAACCAAAAGGAUAUAAACAAUUUAUUAAUUUCGAAAAUAAAUUGAGUUUUUAUACAAAAAAAAAAUCUAAACAAAAUGUUCAGAAUCACCAUCGUUGCUUUGGCUGCCCUAUUGUUUGCCUUUGUCUUGGCCCGUCCAGCUCAAGAUCAACAGGCCGAAAUUGCAACCACCUCUACCACACCUGCCACUAUCAUCAAACAAGUCGAUGUUAAUAAUCCUGAUGGCAGUUUCAACAGCAGUUAUGAAACCUCAAAUGGCAUCAAAGUGGAAAAUAUUGGCUACAUGAAGAAAAUUCUUGUUCCCCGCACUGAAACCGAAGAUGGCCAAGUCAUCGAUGAGCAUGAGGAAAUGAUUUUGGUGCAAACCGGCUCAUACAGUUACAUGGAUCCCGAGGGCAAUAUCAUCACCCUGCGCUAUGUGGCCGAUGAGAAUGGUUUCCAACCACAAGGCGAUCAUUUGCCUCUGGCCCCACAAUAGAAAAGUUCAACUAGCCAAGAGUCAUUAUCUUAAGUUUAGUAAUUAAGUCUUAAGAUUUAGUUUUUAGACUUUAUUUUAAGAUGGCAGCACACA